AUUUAAUCAAGCAAUUUGAUUGUUGAAAGAAAAAAACACUGUGAUGUAAACACUGUUGAAAAUUAAUCUCUGUUUUUAUUUAUAAUAUCUAACUAACAUUUAAAAUGCGUUUUAACAACAUUUUAAGUUGGCGCGCUGGAGCUCGACUUGAUUUCAGUUCAAAUUCAAUGUUCGUCCCAGAUCAUAAACCGGCUCUCGAAAGCGAUUUACGCCGUUUGGAGAAAUUUCUUGAAGACAAGCCAAACGCUUUGGUGCUUACUGGGGCAGGAAUAUCCACCGAAUCGGGCAUUCCCGAUUAUCGUUCCGAAGGAGUCGGGUUGUAUGCUCGUACGAAUCAUAAACCGAUCCAGCAUGGUGAUUUUGUAAAGUCGGAAGCAACCCGAAAACGCUACUGGGCGCGAAAUUACGUGGGAUGGCCACGAUUUUCCUCAGUGGAACCCAACGUAACACAUUACACGCUGGCGCGGUUGGAGCGCGAGCAUAGGAUUUGCGGCAUCGUAACGCAAAAUGUUGACAAGCUACAUACCAAGGCAGGUUCAAAAAGUGUUGUCGAACUUCACGGGAGCGGAUACACGGUCGUGUGUGUUGGCAAAACCGGCCAAGGGUGCGACUAUCAGAUCCCAAGGCACGAUUUCCAGCGCAUUCUGGAUCAGCUUAAUCCAUACAUGGAAGAUAAAUCGACCAUGAUUAGGCCGGAUGGAGAUGUAGAACUAUCCCAGGAGUACGUUGAGAACUUUGUGAUACCAGAGUGCCCCCAAUGUGGUGGAUCGUUGAAACCAGAAAUAGUAUUUUUCGGUGAUAACGUUCCUAUGGCACGCAUUGAAAAAGUUGUUCGAAUGAUUAUUGAGUCGGAUGGAGUGCUGGUGCUGGGAUCCAGCUUAACCGUGUUUUCAGGAUACAGAAUUGUGCUGCAAGCAAAAGAACUAGGAUUACCUGUAGCUAUAGUUAACAUUGGAGAAACGCGUGGUGAUCCAGCGGCUGAUUUGAAAAUAUCGGCGAGAUGUGGCGAGUUAAUGCCUAAUUUGUUUAAGAAAUAGUUUAUUAAUUCAACGAUGUAUGUAUAGACAAUUUGUAUGACAAUUUUGAAAAAUGAACAUAAACGUGUGAUCUAACAAA